AGGGUAUUGGACAGGGUAAUAUUUAGUUGGGUUUGGGACGAGGUUGGGUAGUCUUAACUGUAAAUGAUUUCGGAUUUGAGAAUAGCUGAACAGGUUGGGACCUUCCGACCUUACCUUUUGCAAUCCCUAGUUACAUCUUAGUAUGCAAAACGCAUGUUAUCUUACUUUUUAAGUUAUCCAUGUCUAUUUCUGUUGCAGAUUUUUCUGGAGGGGGCUUGUUACUGAUUACUGUCAUGGAUCUUAAACCAUUUAAACUAGACAUAGAUGACCUUAUAAGUGAAUUCGCUGAGGGCGGAUCAACGACUCUUGUGGAGAUGAAGAGAGUAUGGCUUUCAAAAAAAUUCUCCUUUAUUUUUGAGGCAAGUCCUUCCACAAAUCAGGCAUGCUUUAUGCAAUCACUCUUUGCUUAUUCCGUUGGCUAUGCAGCAUCUACUCGCUCUUUAUCACAUAGACUGGGUGGCCUUUAUUGCUUAUAUUGCCUUUUUGAGACUCAGCCAUUUAUGCCUCCUUUCAAGAUAUAUCUAUCUCUUGGAGAAUUGAAGAGGUUGCGAAACCUUGUUGCAGAUGCAAAAGCCAACAAUAUAAAAGUUGUAUGUGCUUUAGUGAAAAGAAUGUUGGAAAGGAACAUGUUUCUCUAUGGGUUUGUGGAUAUAAAUGAAGGCUGUGCAACAGAAAGAGUAAAUGAACUUACAGAGAUACAGAAUGCUAGAGUCCAAACUGCAUAUGAGAAGUUGUUUGCAAACACACGAAUUGAGCACUUCACCCAUUUGGACAUGGGAGUGGAACUUGAUGCAGAUUUGAUCAAACAAAGAUCAACAGAAUAUGCAAUGGCGAAGAAACAAGCCAUUGAAGAGGCUAGCAAGAUUGUAGAUAUCGAAAACAUAAAACACAUAAUGGAGAACAAGAGAUCGAUUGGAGAAACAAUCAAGCAGAAAGCCGGUUAUUGGAAUGCACAGAAGGAUGCAUUCUAUCAACAAACAGGAUUUGGUCAUGAGUUGGCUAUAGAACAGGAAGAAGCGAUGCAAGUUGAUGAAAAUUUAGAGGAAGCGGGUGAAUUGCAGGAAGACGACUUUGGGAAGGAGCUGGAAGAUGUUCUUUUGUCCGAACAGCUCUUGCUCGAAAAUGAAGAAGCAGAAGAUUUUGAGCAGGAUUGAUUGAUUUCUUAAACUCUAAUGAAAUUACUAUUGGGGAUGCCCUUAAAGAAGAGAAUCAGAAGACGUUAGAAGAAUCAGGUGAAGAUUAUUUGCAGGAUCGCCUGAUUAGCCACCAGACUUGAAUGUUUAACACUUACCUUCCAUGACU